UUUGCGACACCGCUUUCUGCUUUGUGGCAAUACGUAAAUAAACACCUUGCUAGCAUGUAAACCUGAAAACUCACUCAACAUGUCUAAAACGUGGACGUUAACGUGAAAAGCCGCCGUUUACUUACGCCGAAACAUUGUUAAUUGACUUUAGUGAAAUACUUUUUGAUUGGAUAGGUAGAAGAGUUUUAGUUUCGAUGGAGCAGAAACUCGCAGAGUUCAGAGCCAGGCGACAGUCUGAAAAAGCUGUCAUGAAGUGCGAAGCUGCUGGGAGUGAAUGCAGGGAAAAAACAAAGGCGGACACAGGUGCUGGGCCUGACAUGGCUGACGGUUUACCGACAGAGAGGAAACAGGACAACAAACCUGCUGCUGACAGCUGUCAGCCGAGGGACGGCAGAGACUGGCUGCUGGACAGCGGUUUGGGAAGAUGGCUGGCUUCCAGGCAGCUCGUCCUCUCAAACCUCAUCUUGCUGAAAGUGCUGCUGUGGUUGGUCCUCCUGGGUCUGUUUGUUGAACUGGAGUUCGGCCUGCCCUUCUUUGUCAUAUCCCUCUUCUACUGGCUCUACGAAGGACUCCGCAGCCCGGCUCCCCGAAAUCCUGGAGAACUCAGCGCCUAUUCCGUGUUCAACCCAGACUGUCAGCCCCUGCUGGGCGCCCUCACUGCUGAACAGCUGGAGGGGGAGAUGGGCUACAGACCUCUGGCUAACAGAUAAAUUAUUGUGCCAUAUAUAGUGAAUAAUAGUCAUAAAUCUUUGUUAAAAAUGUUAAUUUUGUCCAGAAAUAUGCUCUAGUUUGAGGUUUCAUUUUUCUAUAUAACAUAUUAAAUUUGAAUUUGUCUACGCAUUGUUUCAUUCCUCUUUUUUUUAUUUAAUUUGUGCCACAGACACAUAGGGCACUUGCUUAAGG